AUGAAUUCAAAUGAAAUUCUUGAGCGAACAAUUGGAAUAGCAUUUGGUACAGCAAUUGGUGAUGCUAAAGGUAUUGCAUAUGAAACAUUAACACGACAACAAAUAAUUGAAUUACAAAAUAAAACUAAAAAAUGUUUAUAUACACGUGUAAUAAAUAAUCCAUAUGUACCAGAAAACUGGCAAAUUGGACGAUGGACGGAUGAUACACAAUUAUCAUUAGCUAUGAUGAGAGCAAUAACGAAAUAUCUUCAAACAAAUGAAAAUUUUAUGGUAAAUAUUGUUCAAGAACAUAUUAUUGAAUGGAAAGAAUCUACGGGUGGUUGGGGUGGAACAAAGAAUGCAAUUGAAAGAUUAUCAAAUGGUACUCAUACUUAUCUUGAUAGUGGUAAUAAAGCAGAAGGAAAUGGUGUUUUAAUGAAAUUAGCACCACUUGCUUUUUACUAUAGUUUAUGUCAUAAUGUAAAUGAUAAUGAAAUUGAAAUAAUAUGUCGUAUGACACAUAAUUCAUCUGUUGCUUUAUCAACAGCAUGUAUUUAUGUUCAUAUGUGUAUUUAUUUAUUUGAAAAGAAAAAUAUGACUUCAAAAGAAUUUCUUCAAUAUAUUUAUGAAUUAAGUAUUAAAUAUGAAAGAAAAUAUGAAUUAAACGAAGAUAGAUAUCUUGUAAGUUUAAGAAUUAAACGUUAUUUAGAUGUAAAUUCAUCGGAUGAAAUUAACGAAAAUUUAAUUAUUGAUGUUAGUAAUGGUGGAACUUAUUAUUGUGUUGAUAGUUUAACAAUGAUUAUUGGUCUGAUUGCAUGUUUACCAACAUGUGAACCCAAUUUUGAUACAUUGAUACGUGCUAGUGAAAUAGGUGGUGAUACAGAUAGUAAUGCAGCAAUGAUUGGAGCUAUUAUCGGCGGAAUGAAAGGUGUAACAUGUCUUGAUCAAGAACAUAUGAAUGAAAUUUAUCGAAAUGAUUAUAUUCAGAAAAUUGGAGAAGAAUUUGGUAGUGCUAUUAUUAAAUAUCUACAAUUAGAACAUGACUGA